CCACUCAAAUUACAAAACCCUAAAAAUAUAGUAGUAAAAACAAAAAGAGAAAAAAAUUAAACUAAAUUAAAGCUCUCUAUAUGCUAGCUCCCCCUUUUAAUUUUUGCCUUCAUCUUCUUUCUUCUCUUUUCCUUUCUUUUUAUUGGGGCUCUGGUAUUCCCUUCCUCUCUUUAGUGUGAUUCUCUCCACCACAUAUUUCCAAAAAACUCAUCAAACUUUUAUAAAAGAGAUAAAGAUCAAAGAGAUCAAAGAAAGAAACUAUGGUUUUCUCAUCUUUUCCUGUUUAUCUAGAUCAUCCCAAUUUGCAUCAGUUACAACAGUCAGACCAUCAGCAAGCUGGAAACCCUGGGCUAGAAAAUCCCCAGCUUCAGACUCUGCAGCCCCCACCUAUGCAGGUGGUGGCCAGUCCGGGCUCGAUCAGACCUGGCUCCAUGGUAGAUCGAGCCCGGCUAGCAAAGAUUCCACUGCCAGAAGCUGGACUAAAGUGUCCAAGGUGUGAUUCAACAAACACUAAGUUUUGCUACUUCAACAACUACAACCUUUCACAACCAAGGCACUUCUGCAAGACCUGUCGUCGUUACUGGACUAGAGGGGGUGCCUUGAGAAGCGUUCCGGUAGGAGGAGGAUGCCGGAGAAACAAGAGAAGCAAAAGCAGUAAUAAUAACAGCACAAAGACCGCGGGCAGUAACAACAAUAGUACUGGUGAGAGACAAAUAGGUACUGCUUCCACUUCAACAAGUGCAAGUCCUUCAAGCUGCAACACGGAAAUAAUUAAUGGACGCCACCACUUUCCACACGAGCAAUCGACACAGUUGACUCCCCUCAUGGCGGCCUUCCAAAACCUAAAUCAUCACUAUGGUGGAUUUCAUCCUCCUUCUUUGGUCUCAACAAACAACAAUGGGGCCGCGCUUGGUCAAGAAAUGGGAUUUCAAAUAGGGGGUAACAAUACAAAUAAUAGCAACAAUUUAUCUGCACCCUCUGGAGGAUCUGACCAUCAGUGGAGAUUGCCAUCUUUGGCAGCCAACACAAAUUUGUACCCUUUUCAACAAGGUGAAGGAAUUGAAUCAUCAUCUGGGAAUAAUAUUUCUCAUGAUGAUCAAGGUUUAAAUUCGACAAAACAGUUUUUGGGGACUAUGGAAAAUAAUAAUCAGUAUUGGGGUGGAAACGCAUGGACAGGGUUUUCUGGACUCAACUCCUCUUCUUCUGCCGGCCAUCUCCUUUGAUUUGAUUAAGUUCCUCAUGAGCUUCAUUCAUGUAAGUCAAUUUAUGUACUUGACUGAAGGGUUAAAAUGUUGUAUGUGUUGGGUCUAAUUUAGUAUAGUAUACGGGCAUAUUUAUGUUUUUAAUCUUUGUUUCCUUGGUCAUCACUUGUAAUUUUACUGGAUGUUCUUUUAGAAGGUGUGGGAAGUUGUAUGUGAGUUUAUUAAUUUGGGUUCUGACAUUAUAAUCUGUUUCCAUAAAAUAUAAGUAUCUUGUAGUUGUUUGA